AUGCCUCCGAUUGAUUACUCAAAGUGGGACAACAUCAACACCGAUUCGGAGCCAGAGACAUCGCCCCAGCAAGCGCCAGCGGCAAAACCCACCCCGGCCACGCAUGCCUCGCCGCCGAUGGGUACGUCAGGUUUGAGGGAAACGCACAGCAAGUCGGGGCAUGUCGAAGCUGUCAUUGUCCGAUGCGAGGCCGAGAAACGCAAGUUUCCCCUCUGGUCUGCCACUACAAUCCCUGUGAAUCAUGAUAUGUUUUCGCAGUCGGUGCCCUCCGUCCCAGCGCUCAUCGAGGUCCCGCUGGUCCUCUAUCGGACGGGGACUCAGUCCGUCAACGAGGCAGACCUCGACAACCAGAUUGCUACGUCCCUCAAUAUUGAUGCCGACUCCAGGUUUGCACCUCCAGAAUGGCAGUCACAAGUUGGCACCGUCGUGGUCGCGCGCAAGGACAGGAGGCCAUUUUAUCCGCAGCAUCUUGAAGGAGUGUGGAUGUUCUGCGACCAUAUCCUCGACCUGUUCGGGGAAGGAGAAGGGCCGCCGAGAUGGCUUUACAGCCGCCAGGCGUUCGAGAAAUGGUGGGUAAAUUAUUGUGAGGAGCAAAAACGCUUACGUCCUGGGAAGGGAGGGGAGCGAGAUCCGGAUGAUUGGCGUGCGGCCCGGUCACCUUAUCAGGUGUGA